AACCUGGGAGCAAGAAAGUUUUAUUAAGGCUUCCAUUUCAUUGGUUAUUUCCCAACCUUCGACCUGGCUUACCAAGGUUCCGAUACCCGCGGCAUUACACAGCUCCAACUACAAGGAGCUGUUUCUCAAGGGUCUGCUAAACGAUAGCAUCUGGCCACUGCUGCUGGCUUGUCGCCAUGACCCGGCCGCUGAGCCAAAUGUUCCCGCCGAUGCGGCUGCUGACGGUUUCGGUAUUCCUGUGCAUCAUUCAGAGCUCCGCAAUUCCCCCAGCUGAGGCUAUUGGACUUGGGCAGGAGCUAGGAGAUAACUCCGGAUCCAGCGAAUUUGUGCUUUCGGAUGGAGGGACGGCACGGAGGCAGCUACACCAAACCACCUGUAACAAGAACCUAGGCUACAAGGUGUACCCGGACAUGGAUCACGUAGGAGACACCAUUACAACCUCCAACAGACCGGCUACGCAGUGCACAAACGACGCUAACUGCGUCGCCUACAACUCUAACGGGCAACUAAAGCGGGCUUGGUCUCCCAUGACCAAAUCGACUGGGACUUGCCUGUACAUCAAGGAAGCUUUCGCGCCGACAGCUUGCGCCAGCUAUGAAGGUUACACUGCAUCGGCCGACGUGGACGUUCGCGGCAACAAUAUAUCCAAUCUCGCACUCGGAAAGGCAGCCACCCGCUGCUUAGCUGACCCAAAAUGCAAGGGCUUCAACAGCGCCGGGUGGCUAAAGAGCGCCCUGGCACCCUUGGUACAGUCCAGGGGAAUCUGUUUUUACACCAAGAUUGAUGAGUCGUCACCGCCGCCGCCGUCGUUAUCACCACCACCGCCGAAGUCGCCACCACCACCACCGCCGCCGUCGCCACCACCACCAGCACCUCCGCCGCCACGAUCAUCUCCCUCGCCACGACCGUCGCCAUCCCCAUCGCCCUCGCCGUCGCCCUCAUCGGUGAUCUCCACAGCCGGUUGCCCGGACGCUGCUGCAGUGCUGGCGCAGCACAACGCGUACCGAGCGAACCACAGCAGCCCCGCAAUGGUCUGGGAUGAGACCCUAGCCAAGCAGGCCCAGGUCUGGGCCCAGGGCUUAACUAGCCCCACCUGCCGUCUAGAACACGCCACCAGCGGGGGCCAGUUUGGUGAGAACCUGUAUCUGACGUUCGGUUCAUUAAAGUGCAACGAUGCCGUUAAGACCUGGUACGGCGAGAUCAGGUCUUACAAGUUUACGGACAACCCCUGGACCGACAACCAAGCCAACUUUGGCAACAUCGGGCACUUCACCCAGGUGGUGUGGAAGUCCAGUACCACGCUAGGCUGCGGUGCGGCGACCGACGCAGGCGGUUCUUGUGCGGUCGUGGUGUGCCGCUACAAGCCGGCUGGAAACGUUGCGGCAAACUCUUUCUUCAAGGCCAAUGUCCUGCCGCGCAUCUGACAAUAGAGGAGACUGACUCGUGGGUGUUGGGUGCGUGGCUGGGGAACGGAAACCCCCACGGCGAUUCAGGGGUGAUCCAGUUUGAGGAGGAAGACAGAAAAACGAAUGGAAACGAAAAUAUCGUCAGCUAGUUCGAUUGAGACGGAAAGGAUGUUCCGCAAUGCCUGCUUGUUUUAAAGCGUCGGGUACACGUCCUUUGUGUUUAUGGAGAAUAAGGUGCACCUUCACCCACCUGAUCCUUAAAGGGGAAAUACAAAGAGCUUUUUUAGCCGGGGAUCCCCUGACUGAGCUAGGUCGAGCUAGGGUGUGUCUCUGUCCGCCUGUCUGUCCGGUCGCAAACCGGGACGGAGAAGCGACGGAAGCCCCCUGGUAACCGGCCGAUGCACGCAUACAUACAUGCAUGUCUACCAGGCACGCAGGUGGACGUUGUGCACAUUCAAUCACAGAAUGUGCAUGAUAUAUAUUUCAGCAAGCUCUAAGAGACUUCUGAUCAGGCAUGUGGUUGGCUUCCCCUUCGUUAUCAUGCAGGAUGAGUUAUCAAUCGGACGGGUCGAUAUGCAUGGAGUCCUAAAUUACCGAACUUCUAUAUUGAAGGGCCUAUCUGUCCAUGCAUACGUAUGUAGUCCCGGCAUAGCCAGGACAUACAGCUUUCCGGAUGGAUGUCUUCAUUUACACCAUCAGAUUGUUGAUGUUUGUAUGCACGUGUGUACGUAAGCACAAAGGGUGUGUGUUUGCGUGCGGAAGCUAGCUAUAAAUUCUGCUGGUUGUGAUUGCCCGGGUCCAUUGGAUGAUGCGGUGGAGGUGCCGCGGGGCCGGUGACAAUGAGCACGUGUAUAUACGGGCAACCGUAUGUAAAUAUGUACAUGUGGUCUCUGCAAGUUCAUAAGUUUAUUAAACCCCUCUUUCUUUGAAUGUGCGUGCUAGAAAGGAGGAUGUGAAAAGCCAGGAUGACGUAGGAGAUGACCGUAGCGGUGGCGGCUGUGUUCACAAAAGUUGUUAUCUUUGAUUAACGGUAUCUGUUGAAAUGAUAUCAGCCUUUACUUCAAUAGCAGCAUUGGGGGUGGUGGCUACCCAACAACGCUCGGCGGUAGUGUGCUGCUGUGUGUUUGUAAUUUGACUGUGUAUAA